AUGGUGCUGGACUUGGGCCAGACCUUGCAGCCAGGUAGCAAAUAUGAGCUGGACCUCUGCUUCUCUGGCCAAGUGCUUCAGCAUGCCUCAGAGGGGCUCUUCCUAAACUUCUACAUCGACCAGGGCGAGCACAGCUGCCAGGGCCCUCAAUGCCUUUUGCGGGCCGUCUGUGGCAUCUGGUGCAUUUUGCCCAACUUCAGAGCCCUGCACUUCUGGAAUUUCUCUGCUGGGAUUUGCCAGUCCAUAGCCUUGAUUGCAUCUCAAAUGGAACCAACAUUUGCCAGGAAUGUUUUCCCCUGUUUUGAUGAGCCAGCUCUGAAGGCAACUUUUAACAUUACAAUUAUUCACCAUCCUGCAUAUGUGGCUCUUUCCAAUAUGCCACAGCUAGGUCAGUCUGAAAGAAUGGAUGUGAAUGGAAGCAGAUGGAAGGUCUCUACCUUCCAUACCACACCCCGCAUGCCAACUUACCUAGUCGCACUUGCUGUGUGUGACUUCGACCAUGUCAGCAGAACUGAGAGAGGCAAGGAGAUACGAGUCUGGGCCCGGAAAGACGACAUUGCAAAUGGAAAUGUAGACUUUGCUGUGAACAUCACAGGUCCUAUCUUCUCAUUUCUGGAGGAUUUGUUUAAUAUCAGUUACCCACUUCCAAAAACAGAUAUAAUUGCCUUGCCUACUUUUGACAACCGUGCAAUGGAAAACUGGGGGCUGUUGAUAUUUGAUGAAGCAUUCUUGUUGCUGGAACCAGAUGAUGAGCUGACAGAGAAAAGGGCCAUGGUCUUGUCCAUCAUCUCCCAUGAGGUUGGGCACCAGUGGUUCGGGAACCUGGUGACCAUGAGUUGGUGGAAUAAUAUCUGGCUCAAUGAGGGCUUUGCAUCUUAUUUUGAACUUGGAAUAAUUAACUACUUCUAUCCUAAACUUCCAAGGAAUGAGAUCUUCUUUUUUAACUUUUUACAUGGAGUCCUCAGAGAAGAUCAUGCCCUUGAGUCUAGAGCUGUGUCCACUGACAUGGAAAUUUUCACAGAAACAAGGGAAAUAAAUGAACUCUUUGACAUAUAUACUUAUAACAAGGGGGCAUGUAUGGCCCGGAUGCUUGACAGUUUCCUGGACCAGCACUUGUUUGUCAAUGCACUUAAGUCAUAUUUGGAGACAUUUUCUUACUCGAAUGCUGAGCAAGACGACCUAUGGAGACACUUUCAAAUGGCCAUAGAUGAGCAGAAUGUAAUCCAUUUGCCAACAACAGUAAAAAACAUAAUGGAUAGUUGGACAUACCAGGGUGGCUUUCCAGUUGUCACGUUAAAUGUGUCUACAGGCAUCAUGAAACAAGAGCCGUUUUAUCUUGAAAAGGCUGAAAAUCAAAUUCUUGUAAGCCGCAAUAACACAUGGAUUGUCCCUAUUUUUUGGAUGAAAAAUGGAAUCACACAACCUUUAGUCUGGCUAGACAAAAGCAACAUGGUGUUCCCUGAGAUGCAACUUUCAGAUUCUGAUGGCGACUGGGUGAUUUUAAACCUCAACGUGACUGGAUAUUACAGAGUGAAUUAUGACGAGUUAGGUUGGAAGAAAUUAAGUCAACAACUUGAAAAGGAUCCUAAGGCCAUUCCUGUCAUUCACAGGCUGCAGCUGGUGAGCGAUGCUUUUGCCUUGUCUAAAAACAAUUAUCUUGAAAUUGAGACAGCACUUGACUUAACCAAGUACCUUGCUGAAGAAGAUGAAAUCCUAGUGUGGUUUGAAGUCUUGAUAAACUUGAUAAACAGGAAUGUUAUUUCUGAUGUGAACAACUUUGCCAUAUACCCAUUAUUGAAGAAGUAUUUGCUAAAGAGAAUUAACUCAAUAUGGAAUACUUAUUCAGCUAUAAUUCGAGAAAAUGUGGCAGCACUACAAGACAAUUAUUUAGCUCUACUAUCACUGGAAAAAUUUUUUGAAACUGCUUGUUGGUUGGGUCUUGAAGACUGUUUGCAGCUGUCCAAAGAGCUCUUCAGAAAAUGGAUGGCGGAUCCAGAGACUGAAAUACCUCAUCCAAUCCAAAGAGUGGUUUUAUGCAAUGGCAUUGCUUUGGGAAGCGAUAAAGAGUGGGACUUUUUGCUAAGAUUUUACAUCAAUACAACUAAGGAAGAGGAAGAGGAAGAGAGAAGGGUCCACCUUAUUUAUGCACUGAGCUGCAGUAAAGAGCCAUGGACACUUAACAGAUUUAUGGAGUAUGCCAUCACCGUGUCUCCAUCCCCUUUUAAUGAAACAAAUAUAAUAGAAGCUGUGGCAACAUCUGAAGUUGGCUGUUAUGUUGCAAAGGAAUUUCUAAUCAACAAUUGGCUAGCUGUGAUUGAAAGGUAUGGCCCACAAUCACUAGAUGCUCUAGUGUGGGUCAUAGGGAGGACUGUAAGUACAGAUCUACAGGUUAUGGAGUUGCAGAGGUUCCUGGGUAAUGUGUUGGAGGAGCACCAGAGAACUGCGGCUCAUGCCAAAUUACAGGCAAUAAAGACGGAGAAUCUGAAAAACAAGAAGAGAAUUGCCAGGAUGGCUGAGUGGCUUCGGAAAAACACAUAAUUUGUGGCCACUUGCCUCAUGCUUCUUGCAUUUUAUAAUCUUGUUUGCUCACAGCUCUGUCUUCCAUAUUUAGUGACUGGAGAGCUGCAUGUCUUCUUUUAUUUCAGUUAUGUUUUUUCUACUUAGUCAUGUCCUUCCUGUCGUCACACUUUUCCCCAAGGGUCAGUGAUUACUGAGGAUUUUGUCAACACUGCCAUGUAUCUGGACAAACUUCUGUUUCCCAUCAAACAAUAAAGUCACCAAAUAUAAGCACCUUGCAAAAAAGAAAACUGAAAAAAAAAAACAAACCAAACAAACAAAAAAUACCAGAUUGACCUAAGAAAGUCUGGCUUAUUUUGAUGUGAAGGCCAAUGGAGCAUUAAACCAGUGGCAUUAAUGAAGACUGUAUUCUACUUAGAUGGAAAUCCAGACCUCAGGGCCUGAAAUAACUCUAUGCCUUAUUUAGUUUAAAAAUGAAAAAUCGAUGGGAAUAUAACAUGGUAGUGUAAAGAAAGAGAAGCCAGAAAUAAAUAAGAUCACUAGGAGACAGCACAACCAAAGAAAGUCAAGUCUAGUCAAGACUGAAAAGGAGGCAUGGACAAUUUUAGGAGUCAUAUCAAAUGUCCCAAAAGCAAAAAAUUAACAAAAUAAUAAAGAGAGUCUUCUUUCUCAGUCUCUCUCCUGAAGUGCCUAUAACAUUGACUCUUACUUGGCUGUUACUUUGUUAGAUGGUGUCACAAAAGGACAAAUGUUUGUAGACGCUGAAUCACCCUCAGGAUCACUCUGAGGGGAGGAUGAAAGCUCUGACCAGAUGCUCUGUGCAGUCACCUGUGGAUGGAAGUUCUUUAGUCAGAGUCCCUGAGGGAAAAUAGUGAUGUUAAGGACAGUAACACUUUUGGAUUAAUCUUCUGGGCUAAGGAAAAUCUCCGAAUAAAGAGAACCAAAUGUUAAGUUGGAGCACAGUUAUCGCCACUUUGUACUCAGAAGAACAAAUUCAGUUGGUCAAGGUGAACCUACUUGCAAUGUGGAGCAAUUGACUUUCAAGAGUCACUGACUGUGACAUAUGCAACAAACUCAGCUUUGUUACACAGGAUGAAAAUCAGGACAACGAAGCAUACACCUACUGCUUCAGAUGUUGUGUAUCUCAUCCAGUCCUUUUUCCUUUACAUUUUGUUGGUGUUUUUGCAGAAUGAGGGUAAAAAUCACUUAUCUCCUAUCUACCUCACAGUAGUAUUGUAAAGAUGAAUGAAUAAUGUUACCAGUGUAAAGUCCUUAGAACUACCAGACAAGACUAGAAGCUUAGAAGUUUUUUGUGUGUGACUUUAUUAAUGGGAGGAGUCAUGGGAAAGACUUAUAUAUUCUAGGGACAGAAAAAAGGAAGAGCAUCAGGAAUCAAGAAGAAGACAGGACUAGAGAGCAGCACCGAGAAAUAGAAGGGGAUGGAAAGAAAGAUAGGCCAUGGUCUGCUACUUCAUUCAUGCGCAUGUCACAUAAGCCAUGAUACAUUCAAAUGCUUCUUUGAAAUUUGUAACAUCUCACAUUACUAAAAUUUAAAACCUAAGUUUUCUGGAGAAGGCUUUGUAUACUACAUGGUGAAUGAAACAUAAGGUCACUGUGCUAAUGACUCAACUCCAUUCACUUCAUAGUAAUGCCUAAUUAUCACAUGCCCACUCAUACAGCCAAUGAGGAACAAUCAUAAACCAGAAGAUUUAAUUAUACGACACCUUGCACGUGGCUGUGUGUUCCUGUGAGUAAUGUGACUUAAUAGACGGAAAUAAAACCUUCUGUGCUGGGUAUCCAUCUCCAGCUUUCACCAGCUUGCAGCCCCUUUACCAUCUUCCUUUUUUGGAGGAGAAAAUCUAAGUAGAUGAAUAAAAGUUAUUUUGAUUUUCUUU